UACGUACAUACAUGUAUUGAAUCAGUUUUGAUAAGCCAAUUCAACGAAGUUUUUCUAACAUUUUUUUCUGUGCAAUCAUUUUAAAUAAUUAUUGCGCAUUUGUUACCUUUGUUAUUGCUAAUUAGUUAUACAAAUAAGAGCGCUUAAUUUGUUGGACAUUUUUUACGAAGAAAAACUUCAAAAUAAUUAUCUGCUCAAAAUGGGAAACUCAACGUCAAACAGUAAUGAUGGUGGUGAAGUGCCCGAAGGUGGAGCUAACAAUAACAAGAAAAGUGGGCAUUCUUUAGCUGUUAAUGCUGCUCUCAAGGUCGAAAAUACAAUGAGCCGUUCAGCUUCUGGAGCAGAUGUAACCGAGAAAUAUUUUACACAAUUGGUUCCCAUUGAAAAGCUAUCCGAAAUUCUUAAAGAAAAAUCUUUAAAACAAGGUGUACAUGGAAUCACAUCGGAAGUGUUUGUGUCGCAGGUUUUUCCGCAGUAUACAGAUCUUGGGCAACGUCUAUUCAAAUUUAUGCAUGUGACGUCUAGAGCAACAACUAGUUACUUGGGCACUGUAGCCUUCCGCCAACAGUGUGAGCGAUUCUUAGGAAUAAUGGACGAUGCAAAGAUAUUGGAAUGCUACAUAAGAAUGUAUGCACAAGCAGAAAAUCCCGACUUCGUAGACCGAGAAGGAGUUACUCGAUUGCUCCAUAUAUGUUACACAAUCGCUAUGCAGCACUCCGGUAAUUCCUUACUAUGUCCUUCGAUUAAUCGAACCUUCAGUUCUGUGACGAAAUCAAUUUUUUUCAGUCACGAUACUUUAAGCGUUGGCUUUGUUUGUCGCUGGUUUGAACAGAAUUUAAUACGUUUAGUACUUUUGGUAUAUAAGUAUUGUGUUCACACUCUUUCAACCGCAUAUCGUGGCCUUGAACAGGAUGGACAGUCAUGCGGUAUAGAACUACAGACACCAGUUUUGGAACAACGUAAUCCAUUUUCCGAUAAAAGUCAAAAUGUUCAGUCCGGAGAUUCCGUUGACGCCUCUUCCUCCCUAAUGCCAUUAUCGCAAGCCUGGUUAUUAGCUGGUGGAUUGCCGCCAUUAUACUCUAAGCCACAAAAAGUAACAUCACCAAGUGCCAAUAAGGCCUCGGCAGCACAAAUAUUUAUAGAAAAAUUGUCUAUGAUGCCUUCCCAUUGGACGUUAUUGUACGAUUCAAAUGAACAUGGUUUGGGUGCUAAUAGGUUUCUACAUCACGUCCUUGGUUAUCGAGGACCAACAUUGAUAUUAAUUCACACAAAAGAUGAUCAAACAUAUUUGAUCGCCUCGCCAAAUGAAUGGAAGGAGACACACCUUUAUACAGGUGGUGACGGUUGUUGUGUUUUACAACUAUGGCCGAAAUUUGUGAUAUUGGAAAAGAAACCUAACAUUCUCUACCUAAAUACAUCUAUUAGAGGAUAUCCGAAAGGUUUACGAGCCGGUGCAGAUCCUAGAAAGCCAAUAAUAGCGGUAGACGAACAUUUUGAAAACGUCGAUUGCAAAGGAAUUGCUGCCGUUUUACUUUCAAUUGAGGUAUGGGGUUGUGGAGAUAAAACAUCACGUGAAGUACAAUUAGAUAUCAAGAAAUGGCAAAUUAAAGAAGCCGAACGACAACGCACUGUUAAACUCACCGCAGCAGAUUGGAUGGAUCAUCCGGAUCGUUUUCUUUUAGAAUUGGGUGGACGACAGAACUACAACAAUUGAGUACAAAUUUGUCAUCAAAUCUGGUUGGAUCAUUGGAAGAAUUCCGAAAAUAUCGUGCCUUCAAUAGUUGUUUCAUAGAGAAAUGACUUCGUAUUAUUUGAACAGCACUAUUUUGCUUAAUUUAUUAUUCGAGCAUAUCUAAUAUAGCAUCCCGUUAAUGUUUUGAUUUAUUUAGUUAUUUGGUUGUAUAUUUUUGUUAUGUUGUUUUGAAUGUGCUUCGUCAGUCUUUUUACAAAAUAUGACCAAGAAAAAAAAUGUACUUAAUUAAAUUGUGCUCGUUUAGUGAAAUAAAAUAAUUAAGGACAAAAACGAAAGAAAAAUAAAGUAUUAUUUUUAAAAUUAAAACAAAAACUAAUCAAUAUUUUCGGAAACAUUCCAUUGAGGUAAAGAUAAUAAUACGGACAAAUGUUAUAAAAAUAACUUUUUUAAAUACAAAAAAAUUAUUUAUGUGUACAUUUAGUAAAAACUACACAAUAUCUGGACCAUUUUUAAAUUCUGAUUGGAAUUGAAUUGCUUAUAGCAGUUUGUCUUACAUAUAUAAUAUCUAUAUUUUAAAAAGAAAUCUGUUGAAUAAUCCGAACGUUUCUAACUGGAAUGAAGUAAGUUAUUUACAAAUUUACUUUCCACAAGGGAAGUGGAAGUAUUUCUUUGACAACUCGUUGGCGGUGUAUUUUCAAUUUUUGCAUUAUACCUGUGAACACAAACUCUAAAGUCUAUAAAACACAUUAAUAUAUUAGCUUCCUUGCUUGAAUUUUACUGAUAAAAUUCCAGGAAUCCGCCGGUAAACUAAUUACAGGAAAGGACACUUUAGUAUUUAAAAUCAUUUUUUAUAAACAUUAGUAUAUAUAUUAAGAUGUAUCUAUUCAUUGAACAUAUUCGUAUAGACUCCUCUUAUAACAUAAAAGUUUCAUUAAUAUAAAAAAGCAACAUUUAACAAAAAAUAAAAAUGGUAUAUCUCUAUUUCAAUAAUUUCACUUUUAAUCAAAAAUAAAUAAAAAAUAAACUUAAACGAAAUCAAUCGUGCUUUGUAGCAGUGCGUUUUGUCUUAUUUUCCGACAAUUUUUUAAUAAUGUAUCAUCCGAAGUUUUUUUUAAUCUCGUUCAAUACUUUACAUUAAAAGUGUGAUUAAAUAAGAAAAUUUGAGAUUCCCCAAUUAAAGAAUAUAAAAAAUUAAAGAGUUUAAUUCCAGAAACUAUCGUAAAAAGCACUGUUACAAAGUUUUACUGAUUGUAAAGAAAAUCCAACUUUUUUGUCGGGCACAGGUGCGUGUUGUUGCCAAAACGGCGGUUUCAUUUCGUGUUUGUCAUUGUCGUUGUAUUAUUGUAUUUAGUUUCUAAGUGAUGUAAAGAUGUUCUAUUAAGGGUACAAACUAUGUUUGCUAUUGUUGGGUGGGUAUUGGCCCAAAAUCAGCAAUUUUUUUUUGAUCAGCACCACCAGGUGAGCUAAGCCAAUCAGAUGAGUUGUUGCUGUCGUUACUAUUACUACCACCCGUCGAUAGCUUAAGACUACUAGAAAGUCCAAUAGAGAUCGAUUCGCUAGCGGAUGGAUUACA